AGUACAGAGCGCAGGGCGCGGGAACGGGCACCCCCGGCGCCCCGUCUCCAGUCCUGCUCCCGCAGAGGCCGGGGCUCGGCGGGGCUGUGUCCGGGAUCAGGGCCGGCGAGGCUCGGCGGGCCGUGGCAGGGAGGCAGUUAACGGCCAGGGAGUCGCCGAGGCAGGAGGAGUCCGCAGGCGGGCGAGCAGGAGGGGGCCGCCGGGCGAGCUGCCCGCAGGCUGCCCGCCUCCGCCGAGCCGCGCCGAGCCGAGCCGCGCUCUGCCCCGGGGGCGCACGGGCCGGCAGGGCACGGCGGGGCGAGGCGGCGAGCGCGGCGACGGCAGGGGCAGCGUGGGGCAGGCUCCGUGCUCCGCCCGCCACGGCACGGCUCGGCUCGGCUCGGCUCGGCACGGCACGGCACGGCUCGGCUCGGCUCGGCUCUCCUCGGCUCGACACUGCACGGAACGGAACGGAACGGAACGGAACGGCAAGGCACGGCACAGCACAGCACAGCACAGCACGGCACGGCACAGUUCGUCUCGGCUCGGUACCACUCGGCACAGCCCGGCACGGCACGGCUCCAGCAGCUCAGAAGCCAUUCAAACAAGUGGCUCCGCCAGCAGUUGGAAGCUGGGGCUGGGGAGAGGGCACAGCGCGGCUCCCUGCCCCGGAGGCGCAGGGCCCUUCACACUGCCUCUUUUCUCUGGCGCUCACUCUUUAUUUGACGAUGAAAUAAUGUUGACAUGUCUUGAAUUAUUAAGUAUUCCCUGGAUUUUAUUAGCACAUGAUGCCUAAAUGCUGCCUGUAUCUGCUGGGGUCUUAACCAGAGAGGAGAGAAGAAGAGAGGCAGAGAGACGGAGUGAGAGAGAGGAGAGAGAGGGGUUUUUGACAGCUGUAUUUGUGCUGAUAAGCGAAGGCACAAGGAGACGAUCGACUACUGAGACAAGAGGGAAGCGGCGGCUCGGAGCUGCUGAGAGGGGCUGCGCUUCCCUCUCGAGACGGCUUGGCCCUCCCGGCGCCGUGCUGGGGCUUGGGGGGGACCCAAGCCCCCUGCCAGCACCUGGCCGGGCUCUCGGCUGGUGCCCGUGCCAGAGGGCAGCUCACUGGCUGAGCACGCCGGCCGUGCGGGGCAGAUGCCAAUUGAGAUCGUGUGUAAAAUCAAAUUUGCCGAGGAGGAUGAGAAGCAGAAGGAGAAAGAAGAAGGGGAUAAGGAGAGCCUGAUAGAGGAGCCUGCCCAGCCUCGUUCCCGGGACCUGGCUGCCUUCGCCAGCGCCAGCACACUGCACGGCCUGGGACAUAUCUGCCGGUCGGGGCAGCUGGGUGUGCGGCAGACCCUCUGGGCAUUUGCCUUCCUGGUCUCGCUCACCUUUUUCCUCUACCAGGCAGCCAAGUCAGCACUACUCUACCUGGAGCACCCCCACGUCAUGGCCCUGGAUGAGGAGGCCACCCGUGAGAUGGUCUUCCCUGCCAUCACCAUCUGCAACAUCAACCGCUACCGCCACUCGGCACUCACCGAUGCUGACAUCUUCCACCUGGCCAACAUGACCGGGCUACCCCCCAAGGACCGGGACGGCCACAAGGCCACAGACCUGCUCUACCCUGACCCUGACAUGGCUGACAUCGUCAACCGCACCGGCCACCAGCUCGACGACAUGCUCAAGAGCUGCAACUUCAGCGGCGAGAACUGCUCCUCCCGUGAUUUCACUGUGGUCUACACACGCUACGGUAAGUGCUACACUUUCAACGGAGACAGGAGGAACCCACGGGUUACCCGCCAAGGUGGCAUGGGCAACGGGCUGGAGAUCAUGCUGGACAUCCAGCAGGAGGAGUACCUGCCCAUCUGGAGAGAGACCAAUGAGACAUCAUUUGAAGCUGGUAUCCGGGUUCAGAUCCACAGCCAGGAUGAGCCACCCUAUAUCCAUCAGCUGGGCUUUGGUGUCUCACCUGGCUUCCAGACCUUCGUGUCCUGCCAGGAGCAGCGGCUCACUUACCUGCCACAGCCAUGGGGGAACUGCCGGGCCAGCGUGCAGGGGGAGCAGAUGCUGCCUGGCUACGACACCUACAGCAUCGCUGCCUGCCGCCUGCAGUGUGAGAAGGAGGCUGUGGUGCGGAGCUGCCACUGCCGCAUGGUCCACAUGCCAGGCAAUGAAUCCAUCUGCUCCCCCAACGUGUACAUCGAGUGUGCUGACCACACGCUGGAUGCAGCGGUGGAGGACAGUCAGGAGCACUGCAGCUGCCCCACGCCCUGUAACCUGACGCGCUACGGCAAGGAGAUCUCCAUGGUGCGCAUCCCCAACAAGGGCUCAGCGCGUUACCUUGCCCGCAAGUACAACAAGAACGAGACCUACAUUCGGGAGAACUUUCUGGUGUUGGACAUCUUCUUUGAGGCACUGAACUACGAGGCCAUUGAGCAGAAGAAAGCCUACGACCUUGCCGGACUUCUGGGGGACAUCGGGGGGCAGAUGGGCCUGUUCAUCGGUGCCAGCAUCCUCACCAUCCUGGAGAUCCUGGACUAUGUCUAUGAGGUGAUCCGGGACAGAGUGAGCCGGGUCCUGCACCGCUCCAAGCCACCCCUGAAGAAGCCCUCAGGCAGCAUUGCCACACUGGGACUGGAGGAGCUCAAGGACCAGAGUCCCUGUGAGACACUGGGCCGACACGUGGAGGGCACCUACAAUGCGGGCAUUCUGCCCAACCACCACCACCGCCACCACUACCCUCACCAGGGGGUCUUCGAGGACUUCGCCUGCUAGGUCAGAUCGGGACUGGGAGGGGGUAGCCCUAUGCUUCCCCCUCCCCAUCGUCCUUGUGGAGAGGGACUGUGGCAGGGGGCCUCUGCAGCUGCCUCGCACCAGCACCGGAGCGGAACCCCAGCCCCUCUGCCUGCUCCUUCCGCUCGCCCCUAGCGCGUGGGCUCAGCCCCUUCUCAAGCACACGGCAUGGAGGGCAGUGGGCACACCGGGGGCGGUUGGGAGAGAAGCAGGGUGGGAUCAGAGGGGCCCUGGCAAUGCAGAUCGCGCAGGGGUAAGCUGGGCUUCCUGUCAGCCCCUCCAAGACCUCCUCUGUGAGCCCUCCGGGGUGGAGAUCUCUGCCCUGCAUGAACUCACCCAGGAGAAGGAUGUGCCUGGAACAUCUUGCCCUCUGCCCAGGGACCAUCCCCCUGCCACCUUCCUGCUGCAGAGCAGGGCCGUGUUGCAGGGCAAGCCUCUGAGCAGCACGGCCCCCGGCCAGCCCAGGGACACCCCACCUGCAGCCACACCUGCAUGGCCCCACCCUGACCUCUGGCACCACCACCACUGUGACACCCCUAAGCAUCUUCUCACUGUUUCCCGACCUCAUGCAGCCUGCCAGGGCUGUAGAACCUCCCCCCCCCCCCCACCAUCGCUGUUCCCAGCCAGACCCCUGCACUGUGACCCCCUGCCCCCAACUCCAGUGAUGGCUCUCGAUAGCCCCUAGUCAUUGCAGCACUCUAAAUCUACUUCCUCCCCCAAGUCCUGCCCCACUCCAUCGUGCCCUGCACCCCUCCCCAUCCUUCCCUUGCCUAGGUGUUGCCCAGAGCGGCUCAUCCCUUGGUGCAGCUGCCUGGUACAGGCCAGGUGGCACAAUGGGGAGUCCUGCCCUUACUCCCCCGCCUGUUGCCGCUGUUUUGCACCGUGCACGUAUCCCCUGCCACGCUCCCACCCCCCGGGUGCUGAGCACCCACUGUGCCUCCCCCAGACUGUACAUGGUUAGGAGCGUGCCCCGUGCCCAGCACCACACAGACAGCCCACCCUGCCGGCCAGAGCCUCAGCCAGGACUGGCAUCCACAGCCUUCCAGCCUGCCCUGCGAUGGCAGGACCCACAGCAGGACCCACGGCAGGACCCACAGCACUCCUGUUGGAAAUUGCCCCCUCCCCCUCCACUGUAGCAGACACCAGCGCAGGGCCAACUGCCCAAAAUAUCUCAGGAGGGGGGGCAGGCUGGCAAAGCCCCCCUCAACAUAUACACACGGCAGAGAGGGGACCCCAGGGCAGGAAUUUGGGACCUCUAGGGGAGGCUGGGGUUGAGCCAGGUGGUCCCUGGCCCUGCUGGUUUGACCCCCAUGCCUGGUGCCCACAGAUGGAACGUGGUCAUACCAUGCUGUGGCCAAAGCCAUAGAUGCAGGAGGAGCCAUCGUCCUUGCAGCCCCUGAGGCCACACAUGUGGAAGAGACAGUAUGGGGGCAAGAGACCAUCCUGAUGGUGUGUCCAGCAGCCCUGGCUCUGGGUGUGUGCAGUCCAAUGGUCCCCCAAAAUAUGCACCCAUAUGGAAACAACCCAUGUGGUCCCCCUUGGUGCAAACACCACUCUGUGUGGUGCCUUGUGUCUCCCUGCGUGGGUGGACACUCAGCAAGCCUCCUGGCAGGGCAGGCACAGCUGUGCUCCCCAGGGAGCCCCUCCAGAGCCCCCUGUGCCAGCUCCAACGUGUGUUUGCCUCCCACUCACCUGCAAGCAAGAGUGUCUCCAGAGGGAUGCCACACACUAGCCCAGGGACAUGCUGGCCAGCCCUACACCAAGGUAUCCUUCAGCAGGCCAGAGCUGAGGGGGGUGCAGGAUGCAGCUCCCUCCCUUGCAGCGGGAGCAGCCAGCCCCACCGGGGGUCGGCGUGGGCAGCGUGGUGGGAGGGCCUGCAGGAGCACCCUGGUGCUGGUGAAGGUGAGAGAUGCGUGUCACUGUUUUAUACAUGUACAGACGCUCCCUAAUAAAGAGGCACAAGUAGGUCCAGAGCUGCCUGUGAGAGCUGGGGCCGGCAGGAGAGGCCGAGAGCUGGUCUCCCCCGGGCGAAGGUAGCAGUGGACCCAGGCAGCGCUUCACAA